UUAAACUGUCAAAAAUAUGACCUGUCAAAAAAAAAUUGUCACUAAAUCGAAAAAUUAAAAAAAUAAUCACAGGCCAAUUUUUCCAUUUUAUCGGAAACCCCUUUUGCUUUUCGCAAAAGAAGUAGUUCCCCAUAAUAGUUUUUAACUUUUUUGUCAUUUUUUUUUGGUCUAAAUUCGGUCGAUUUCGUGAUACUGUAGUCACACGGGGACAACAGGACUACGGCCGUACUUGCGAACCACAUUAUUUUUAACCCUUAAAAAAUGAGUUCUCCCGUUUAUAUCGAAGAGGAACUGGGACGAAAGUGGGAUAAAUGUAUAUCGGACUCCGUUAUUAAGUUCGGUGGUGGUAUAGUGCUAGGCACAGUAUUCUCAUUAUUAUUCUUCAAAAGGAAAAGGUGGCCAAUCCUAAUGGGAGGAGGUUUCGGGGUGGGCAUGGCAUAUUCCAACUGUGAAAAAGACUUAAAUGCCACAAUACGCAGCUGUGCACCCCCGAGUCCACCUGCAGAAAAGUGAACCUAGAUAGCAGACAUCGGUUAGGAUACAACUGCCUUUUCUUAGUAAAUACUAAUAUACUGUAUGGUUAUUUAUUUUAAUUCAGAAAUUACUGGCUGCAUGUAUAUAUAUUUUCUAUUAUAAUAAAUAAUUAUGUUUGUUUUUCCGAUAA